AAAUAAAUAGCCAAAUUAUAAAAUUUCUCUCUUUUUUUAUUUGCAUCUUCUCCCACGCGAAGUACUACUGAUGUCGAGUAAGAAAGAAGAAAAAACCCAGGCAGCGGCUGACAGAAUCAAAGCUGCAGCCUUGACUGCCGCAAAGGGUCUUAGUCGUGCUCAAGCUGAAAGGGCGGCGGCAGCUGCAGCCCGAAAUGUCAAUGCCUAUGGGCAAAAGGAAGAGGGGCCGAGCAGAUGGCAGGAGAAAAGGGAAGCGAAGCGGCAGAUGUAUUUGAUGAGUACCGAAAAGGCGGUGCGAAUUGGUGAAAGGAAAGACAAGAUGACGAUGACUACUACGAUGGGCGCUUCACAGUGCCAAAAGUGUUUCCAAGCUGGGCAUUGGUCGUAUGAAUGCAAGAACGAACGAGUCUACAUUUCACGGCCCUCACGUACGCAGCAGCUUAAGAACCCGAAACUGAGGAUGAAGCUUUCGAUCUCUUAUGAUUUGGACAACUCAGACGUCAAGGAUGAAAAUGAAGGGAGUAGAUCUAAGAAAAGCAAGAGGAAGCAUCGAAGAGAUUCUGGGUCCGGUUCUGAUAGUGAGGCUUCAGUUUUUGAGACUGAUAGCGGUGCCUCGUCUGUUACGGGAUCGGAUUCUUCCUCAGCAGAUAGUAGCACAGAUGACAGUUCAUCAUCCGAGUCUGAGGAAGAGAGGAAGAGGCAGAGGAGGAGGAAGCAGAAGAAGAAGGUGAGGCGUAGAAGGUACAGUUCAUCUUCCGAGUCUUCUGAUUCAGACUCCCGUUCAGAUUCUGAUUUCGAUGAUAAGAGCCAUCGGAGGAAGAGCCGAAGGCAUGGUAAAAGGCGAUGAAGAAGAGAUUUCAGUACACAUCUUGCCUGUUCAAUGUCGGACUCUACAUGCCGGUAAUCAAGCCCUCUGAAAUAAGUUUGGUAGAUGUUAUAAUUCCUUUUCCAUUUACUUGUGAUGCUUAUAAAUGACAAUAGUUCCUAGUAGUUGUGAAUUAGCGGAGUUGUUCGUUGAUUCCUUUCAUGAAAAGAUUGUAGCUUGAAUAUGUGCACCGGGUUUUUCGAGUUUC